AUGGCUACUGCCUCACAGGAUAUUCUGGAAGACGCCAUUAUGCUUAAUGCCUUGCAGGAUUACGAGGAGAGUAUCAGCUAUGAACAAUCUGCAAAGCUGGAAGAAAGUGGCCAUAAGGACAAAGUCGAGGAUGAAGUACAGAUUCAGAGGUUUGCCAGUCCUGUGACAGAGGAGGACAUUCUUAAAAAAAUUGAAGGAACAAUCCCUAUGACAACUAAGAAGACUACAGAAUGGGCAAAACGAUUGUGGGAAAAGUGGAAUAGCCAUCGUUCAGUAAGCUCGGCUGAGAUUCCUCCGUCUCUUGAGGGUAUAGACAAUACGUCUCUAAAUCACUGGUUGCCUAGGUGUGUCAUGGAAUCAAGGAAACAAGAUGGGAAUUAUUACACAGGAGGCACUUUAUACAGCUUUUGUGCUGGAGUCCAGAGUUAUGUGCGAGAAGAGAGAAUCAAAAUGGGCAUUCAAGAGCAUUUGGAUAUUUUCAAAGAACCUGCAUUUGAGUAA